AUGUCCUCCACUACCGACGUUCGUGCUAUGAUCAUGCUCAACUGCCAGCUAUCCUUCAUCGACCUGGAGGAGUUCUGCAUCACCGUUUCCAUCAUGAAGCGCGGCGAGUUCGAAGUUCACACCGCCUACGUCGUCGCGGGUCCCCAUCGCGUUACCGUCGCUCGCGCCAGUGGCAGCACCGCCAACGAAGCUCUCAGCAACCUGCUCGUCAUCACCAGCUUUUGA